CCAACACUCCCAAUCCAUAAUAAUUAAAGCUCCGCUCAUUCAGCCCACGUGAUUGAUAAUUGUCUGUAAACAUCCUCUCCACUCUGCUGUUGUUCAUUUACUCUACUCUACUUUUACUGUGUUGCACUUUACCCCCAAUCUUCUUUUCCCAACCUUCACUUCUUCCCUUCCAAUUUCAAGUUUCCCACUCACUCAAAGUCUAAAACCACCACCAAACCAUUAUUUAUUAACUAUUUCUUUCUAGAUCUUCACCGUUUUCUAGGGUUUCUCAAAUCAUGCAUGGCCUCAGCCGCCUCGGAACCGCCCGCUCCGUCAGCUCCACUACGGCGGCAUCUCCGCCUUCCUCCCCUCGCUUCCGCCACGGACGCACCAAAAGCUCCGGCGGUGGAGGCAGCGGAGGUGUCGGCGGCGGCGGCGGGGCAGGAUUUGGCGGGCGAGGCGCGAAGCAGAAUUCAGUGGAGAAGUUGGUGCUUGUUUUGAUUUCGGCUGUGUUCAAGCGGAAAGGCGUGCUUCUGUUGGCGCCGUUGUUGUAUAUAUCUGUAAUGUUGUUGUAUAUGGGUUCAUUGGGGUUCGAUGUUGUUGAUUUGAAGAGUGUUGUUGUUGUGCAUAAGCAUGCGCCUCCUGGCUCCGUUUACAGAAGUCCGCAGGUCUUUGAGAAGCUUUGGCCGUUAAUGGAGGCUGAAGCUAACGCCACCGACAAUGCGUUGAUGACAGCAUGGAAUUCGAAAGUCCAUCAAAGUUGGAAGCCGUGCAGCAAUAGGAGUAUUUCUGAAGCAGAAUUGCCCAAGUCUAACGGUUUCCUUAUAAUUGAAGCUAACGGUGGGUUGAACCAGCAACGCUUAUCAAUAUGUGAUGCAGUGGCAGUGGCAGGACUACUGAAUGCAACUCUUGUCAUUCCAAUUUUUCAUUUAAAUAGUGUCUGGCGAGAUUCGAGCAAUUUUGGGGAGAUAUUUGAUGAAGAUUUUUUCAUACAUGCACUUAGAAAUAAUGUGAAUGUGGUCAAAGAACUCCCAGAGGAUAUACUUCAACGGUUUGACCACAAUAUAAGUAGCAUUGUAAAUUUGAGAGUCAAAGCUUGGUCUAGCCCAACCUAUUAUCUUCAAAAGGUCCUGCCAAAACUGCUGCAGAUGGGGGCUGUCCGUAUUGCACCUUUCUCCAACAGAUUGGCUCAUGGAGUUCCUUCAAAUAUUCAAGGACUUAGAUGCCUGGCCAAUUUUGAAGCGCUAAGAUUUUCUGAACCUAUAAGAAUGCUUGCAGAGAAAAUGGUUGAUCGGAUGGUUCAGAAUAGCUCUCAAAGUGGGGGGAAAUAUGUUUCUGUGCACCUACGCUUUGAAACAGAUAUGGUUGCAUUUUCAUGUUGUGAAUAUGAUGGUGGGGAGGAAGAGAAACGUGAAAUGGAUAUAGCUCGAGAAAGAAGUUGGAGAGGAAAAUUCAGGAAAAGAGGAAGAAUAAUAAGACCAGGUGCAAAUCGUGUAGAUGGAAAAUGUCCUUUGACUCCAUUGGAGGUGGGAAUGAUGCUUAGGGGCAUGGGUUUUGAUAACACGACCUCAGUAUAUGUUGCAGCUGGAAAAAUUUAUAAAGCUGAAAAAUACAUGGCUCCUCUUAGACAGAUGUUUCCACGCUUAGAAACAAAGGAUACUUUAGCUAUCCCGGAAGAACUUGCUGCAUUUAAGGGCCACUCGUCUAGAUUGGCUGCUCUUGACUAUACAGUUUGCCUACACAGUGAAGUAUUUGUCACAACGCAAGGUGGGAAUUUUCCGCACUUCUUAACGGGUCAUAGGCGUUAUUUAUAUGAAGGACAUGCAAAGACUGUUAAACCUGAUAAGAGAAAGUUAGCACUAUUAUUUGAUAGCCCCAAUAUCAGAUGGGAUGACUUCAAGAAACAAAUGAAAGAUAUGCUUUCCCACAAUGAUCAAAAGGGAAUUGAAUUAAGAAAACCCAGUGGGUCACUUUACACAUUUCCCAUGCCAGAUUGCAUGUGUAAAACCACCAAAACUAAUACAUUAACACAAACAAAACAAACUUGAAAAUCUGAAUAUAGAAUCUAGGGUUACCCGAAGUUCUUUUACAUGUAAUUUAUGUUCCUUCCAAUAUUUGUUAUAUUCCAAAUCUAAUUCUUUCAUUUCAGUUGAGAGAGAGUAAGUAUUAGGUUUUAAUUCUUUAAAAUUGAUUGAUUCUGCUACCUCCGGUAGUUCACCACGCAAAAUUCAUUGUACAUGAUACAAUAACAAUUAUGUGAUAAAAAUUUAGUUGUAUUCAAUAAUACAUAGGGUCAUUUGGGAUUUGAUUUUUGGAAAGCUCAUAAUCUCCUCUCAUUUUGGCUGGAGUUAUAAAAGGAGGAGGUUUUUUUGUAAGAUACUUUUUUUUUAUUAUUAUUAUUGUAGAUUAAUAAGAUCUAUGUUCAUUAAAGUUUGAAUUGUAUG